AAAAACUUGAGAUUCGAUCAGAGCACUGAUGGCUUGCCCCAACAAUAGGUGCAAAUAUUGGAAUGUACCGCGCCUGAUCAUCGCCAACUUCGACCGGCUUGUCAUGGUCGCUCAGACGACUUCUCAGUCCAAUGGCGUCAAGACCAUCAAGUCCAAAAACCAGCUCCGUCGUCUCAAGCAGAAGCAGAAGAAGGAGCUCGCUGCUCAAAAUCCACAGGAGACACCUCGAGAUGACGGGGAUGCCAUGAAUGUGGAUGAGGAGGAAAAUGUUGAGUACGUGACCGAGCAAUUGGAUGCCAACGGCUCCGUUAUGGACUCGUUUUCCGAUGUCUUUGCUCGUUUUCAGGCUCCUCCAGAGGAAUCUGCCGCUAAGGAAAGCAUUCCGUCGAAAGGAGAAGUCAUAUACUCGGACGAUGAAAUGGCGUCUGAGGGCGAUUCGGACGCUGAGAGCAAACCUCUGUCAAAGAAGAAACAACGGAAGCUUUCCCGUUUAACUGUUGCGGAGCUGAAGCGAUUAGUGAAGAAACCGGAAGUUGUCGAAUGGACGGAUGUCACAGCAGCUGAUCCUCGUCUUCUUCUGCACCUCAAAUCCUAUCGCAACACAAUUCCUAUCCCUAUCCACUGGUCCGCGAAACGCGAUUAUCUUCAAGGCAAGCGCGGUAUCGAAAAGCCUCCGUUCCAAUUACCUGCCUACAUUGCCGACACUGGGAUCGGUACGAUGCGAGAUGCGGUGAAGGAGAAGGAGGCCAAUAUGAGCUUGAAACAGAAGACGAGAGAGAGGGUUCAACCCAAGAUGGGCAAAAUCGACAUUGACUAUCAGAAGCUUCACGACGCUUUCUUCAAAUUUGCCACAAAACCUGUUACCACUGGUUACGGAGAGAUGUACUACGAAGGAAAAGAAUUCGAGACCUCUCUGAAAGAGAAGAGACCUGGAGACCUCUCUCCUGAACUGGUCGAAGCCCUGUCGAUCCCACCACUGGCGCCUCCGCCUUGGCUAAUCAGCAUGCAGCGUUUUGGUCCUCCACCAAGCUAUCCCACUUUGCGAAUUCCCGGCCUGAAUGCACCAAUUCCUGAAGGAGCACAAUGGGGCUUUCACCCUGGAGGUUGGGGUAAGCCCCCACUUGAUGAGUAUAAUCGACCGUUGUACGGCGACGUGUUUGGUGCGUUACCAAAGGUUGGAGGCGGCGACACUGACAUGGGCGAACCGAUCGAUAAAACGACGUGGGGUGAGCUUGAGCCGGACGAAGAAGAGGAGGAGGAGGAAGAGUCGUCAGAAGAGGAGGAGGAGGAGGAGGAUGACACCCCAGCUCCAGGCGAUGGCAUGCAAACACCGUCGGGUAUGGAAACGCCUUCAGGCAUGACCAGUGUGGUGUCAACCGUGGCUGGUGGUUUGGAAACACCCGAUUUCUUGGAGUUGCGCAAGGGCCGGACCGCGGACGUACAAGAUUCCGGACCAAAAUCUCUGUACACGGUUGUGCCAGAGAGGCAGGCCAGCGUGAGGGGAUUGAUGGGCAGCGAGCGAGGGUACGACGUCAGCGGGCUCGCGCAUGCCAACGUUCCCGUGUUGGGCGAAGAAAGAUCUUCCAAACGCAAGAACAAUGGCGUGGAGGUUUCUAUUGAUGCAUCUGAGCUGGAAGGCAUCUCUGCUGAUGAAUUGCGUCGGAAGUACGAUGCCCAUUCCAGAGGUUCUGCCGGCGUUCCUGGUUCCAAAGAUGACUUCUCGGAUUUCGUGGCCAAGGAAGCCGCCAGUCGUGCCAAAAAGCAGAAGGCACAAGAGCGAGAUCGGGACUCUAAGAAGAAAGAGUUUAAAUUCUAGUUGCUAGAUGUGUAUUUGCCUGAUAUGGUUCGAAUUCGCUGCGGGACAUACUCCUAUGAACACACCGCGUCGGUAUCUCAACGUGGCGUGUCAAUUCAUGCUAGAAAUCAGAGAGUACUGGAGGGACUGUUUGAUUUCAAGCGCUUGCCACCGGCUGAGCGCGGUUUCGAUCAGUCACAUGUUUAUUUCCUGUUUCACUUGCCUUGAAAGCACUCCUUAUCGGGCUACCUACUGGUAGGCAGAGCAACGGCACAGUUCAACCCGCUCUGCGUUCAGCGGACGAGUCUCGUUCUAAAUGAGUACCCAAAGCGAGGGCGGGAUCCCUGACGUCGGGACGCCAUUGACGCCUUCUCAUCUUUCUGGGACGCGUUCCUCCCGCAAACCUGGAACUAUUCGGACAGUCGCCAAAUCUGGCGCAUCGAAAGAGAGCAGGCCGUCCCGAUCUACAUCUUUGUCGCGGAAAAAUAACGCCAGCCCGAGAUUACCGCAUGACGAGCAGGCGGUCGUUGCACCGAGUACGAUGUUGUAUUGGUCCAAAGCUCCGAUCUUCGGGUACAUACCUCAUCGGGUGAUGCGUGCGCAUUCUGUGACGCUUAUAGACACAGUGGGUUGGCUCUUCGGUGGAUGCGACGACCAGAUUUGCUCAAACAGUGUGUUCUCAUUUGAUACCGAAACCAUGCUGUGGUGUCGUAUCGAUGUUGCGGGUGAAUUGCCACCGCCGUCUCGUGCCCACACUGCCACUGCUGUUGACCGCAAGAUCGUUGUUUACGGCGGCGGACAGGGCUCUACAUAUUACGAUACCGUGUACGUCCUGGACACUGUGUCCCGUCGCUGGACUAGGCCAACAGUUACGGGUGCCACUCCGCCUCCUCGAAGAGCGCAUACGGCGGUGUAUCUUCGCGGCAAGAUUUACAUAUUCGGCGGGGGCAAUGGGAUGACUGCUCUCAAUGAUGUAUGGACCUUGGACGUCAGCAAUCCCGCGAGAAUGCACUGGGAAGAAAUACCGACAUCUGGGCGCAAACCCGGUCAUCGUGGCUAUCAUACGGCUACCCUCAUUGGGAACAUCAUGGUCGUUAUUGGAGGGAGUGACGGCAAAGAUUGCUUCAGCGACAUCUGGUGUCUCAAUCUUGAUUCUCGGCGGUGGACCAAAUUGACCUUGGACACACCGCACCGGCGACUGUCACAUGCUUGCUCUGCUGUCGGAUCGUAUCUGUUUAUCACGGGAGGACAUGACGGAACGCGAUAUUGCAGUGAGCUAUUAUUCUUCAAUCUAACAACUCUCCAAUUCGAGACCAGAGAGACGAUGGGCAAGGGACCAGGACCCAGGGGAUACCACGUCACUUUGCAGGCAGACAGCAGACUGUUUGUGUUCGGAGGGUUCAGUGGCACCACGUCUCUGGACGAAGUCUAUCUGCUGGACCUUGCUGGGGCUGCUUAUCUACCGCAGGUCACCCAGUUUGACAUGCAGACUUUAAUGGAGUAAUUAGGAUCUGUAUAAUGGGAUCUGUAUAAUGUAGCUACAAGUCAAUGUAUUGUUACUUACCGAGCAAA